AUGGCACAAAACAACCUAGAAAACACCGCGCCCUCGCCCGCGUUGGUUCGAGGCCCUCCUGAGUGGCCAUACUACAAGAUGCGCGGCACAGAAGGCGGGUUUCGCAAAGUCUAUAUUAUAUUGAUUGAUUCCGACAAGGGGCGGGCUCUAGAGAAGCUUGAGACCGACGACGAGCGGUUGGCUUAUAUGCGCGAAAACGCCGAUGACAGUUGGCGGCUUGUACAGGCAGACACGGCGUUUUUCGAAGACAUCGCGUUAGGGAAGAAGUACUCUAUCAAGAAGGGCACACCAGAGUACGAAGGUCUUCAGAAGACGCUCCAGGAGGAUGGAUCCAGUUGGCCGCCAGGCACGGAGGAGUUUAAUGCCAUGCUGCAGUACUACAGAGAGUAUGCGACUGAAGUUGAAGACAUCGCUACCAGCACCCGUCCUCAUUAG